AAAAAUCACGACAAAUGUACGUACGCCAGACAUGAAGUUUACUUGGAGGAACGCACAUUCUUACGUUAAUUUCACUGUUAGUACAUCUGGUCGUGAACGUGAAAGCUGGCGUACGCCGUGUUUUUGUGUGUACGCAGUGUUGAUACAUGAGGCCCCUGAUCUCUGUUGCUUUCUGCUAUUAAAUAAGGGUUCACUUGAACUGAUUCUAACUGUAUUUCUGUGUAUUUUAGACCAGGUGAGAGUGAAAGAGCAAAGACAAGAACUGAAUGAAGUGGAGGAGGAACAUCGUAACUUUACAAUAAAAAGAACAAAAACCAAAAAGACGCACACCUGCACUCAGUGUGGAAAGAGUUUCACACAGAAAGGAAACCUUAACAAACACAUGAGAAUUCACACUGGAGAGAAACCGUAUACAUGCUCUCAGUGUGGAAAGAGUUUUUCUCAAGCAUCAACUCUCAGUGUUCAUCUGCGGAUUCACUCUGGAGAAAAAAUAUUUAACUGUGAUCAGUGUGGUAAAGAUUUUAUUUCAUCAUCAAAUCUAAAAUCUCACCUGAAAGUUCAUUCAGAUGAGAAGCCUUAUGUGUGUUCUCUCUGUGGAAAGAGUUUUUCAUGGCUGAACAGUUUUAAACUGCACCAGAAAACACACAAUGAAGUGAGAGAUUAUAUGUGCUUUGACUGUGGGAUGAGAUUUACUACAUCUGGUGAUCUGAAACGGCAUCAACGAGUUCAUACUGGAGAAAAACCUUACAAGUGCUCAUAUUGUGACAAGAGUUUCACUCAUUCUGGAAACCUGAAAUCACACGAGCGAGUUCAUACUGGAGAGAAGCCGUACGCCUGUACUCAGUGUGAGAAGAGUUUCACCCAAUCAAAGAAUCUAGUGACUCAUAUUAGAAAGCAUUGUUCUGUGUCACAGUGAGCAA